GCCUACGAAAGUUAUUUUAAGCGCUGUCCCUAAGUAACUGGAUUUGAUUUUAAAAUGUGUGGACGAGGUAAAGGUGCCAAAACAGGUAGUAAACAUGGGAAGAAGUCACGAUCUGCGCGUGCUGGUCUUCAGUUCCCUGUGGGGAGAGUCCACAGAUUAUUGCGUUUAGGAAACUAUAGUGAACGAGUUGGAGCUGGUGCACCGGUAUACCUUGCAGCUGUAAUGGAAUAUCUGGCCGCUGAAGUGCUUGAGCUUGCUGGGAAUGCAGCUCGAGACUAUAAAAAAUCACGGAUCGUCCCAAGGCACUUGCAGCUUGCUAUCCGCAACGAUGAGGAGUUAAAUACUUUGCUCGGAAAAGUCACAAUUGCUCAAGGAGGUGUAUUGCCCAAUAUUCAAAAUGCACUUCUUCCAAAGAAAUCUGAUAUACCUUCUAAAAAGUCUCAAUCUCAAGAGUAUUGAUGUUAUUUAUUAUAAACAGAUCUUAAUAAAUGUAUCCUUUUUCA